AUGGCCCGCCACAACAGAAACACCGAUUUAUCAACGAUCCAAGCUUCACUAUAUGAGCUAAGUCAGCACGUCUUGACAGUGCAGCAAAAGAUCCGAGUCCUCAAUCAGGAGGUACAGGAGUUGAAGGAGAACAGAGAACAGGAGAUUGGGACUUCCCAUCUGGACUCUAGCCCCGCAGCUGCCGCCCAUGGCGAUAUGGAGGUAGCCGAGCUCAAUGAGAUUGAACUGGAGGGAAUGGAGCCGGAAAACCUGCAGACAGAACCGGUCGAGUUGGAAACAAACGAUACCGCCACCCAGUUUUCCAGAGUGAUGAUGGACGCAAUUAGCGGGCUGUACGAUUGCGUCAGCAGUAUCGAACUCCCAGCCGAGUUUGUUUUCGCAGCGCUCGUAGGACUGUACAACUCACGCGAUGACCAUCACAUGUUGGAAAGAUGGGAGAACUUUCAACGGCACGGGGCGCUCGACAUCAGAUAUUGCUUGUACGGGGUACUUUACUGGGGCCACGGUUAUCAUGAUUUGUUUGAUCCCGGUGUAGCUGUCGGAGCGGAUGACAUGGCUGCAAUUCGCACUUCUUUUCGCACAUCCGGUAGAGAAGGGUUGAUACCCCAAGACUGGAAAGAAUAG